CACGCACGUGCGGAUACCUUGCGACUUCGGCGCACCACGAAAAAGAGAACGCAAGCGACCGAGCGACUCACAGUCGCCUGUGGACAAGCAGCCCGACUCGACGUAACGAAGCCGCACGAGUCGAACGCGAAUAAAACCGCUAGCAACCCGAACCGAACCGAAACCGCACGAAAAACCCCUCCGCGCACGGCUGUUAAAGCCGGCAAAGACCCGUCCGUAUUUUUUGUUGUGUGACACAGUGCCAAACGUCUCCUAAUAUUAAAACUUGAAGUUAUAACCAAAAGCUAAUGAUAAAAAUGCGUGAUCUUGUUACGUUGAUUUGCGGACUCCUCCUCGUCGCAGGAGUUUGUGGCAUCCCCAACGAUAUGUAUACGAAGCAAUCAGUCCCGGAGGAUCCCUGCUAUGACAAGGACCGGCAGCCACGAGCUUGCAUUCCCGACUUUGUGAACGCCGCCUUUGAUGCUCCGGUGUUAAGCAGCGGCACCUGCGGAAACUACCAUACGCAGCGGUACUGCGAGUUCGCCCCCGGUUCCGGACGCGAAACGGAGCGGGAUAUGGUGUGCAAGUCCUGCAAUUUGCUUGACCCGGCAGGGAGCUUCCCCUCCCGAUUGCUUACCGACUUGCACAACUCGAACAACGUGACCUGCUGGCGGUCGGAACCGAUACCAGCUAACGGCAGCAACAACGUCACCCUCACCCUCUCCCUGGGCAAAAAGUACGAGCUAACGUAUAUCAACCUGCAGCUCUGCCCGCAUGCCCCCCGACCCGAGUCGAUGGUGAUCUACAAGAGCACCGACUACGGGAAUACCUGGCAGCCCUUCCAGUACUACAGCUCCCAGUGCCGUCGGAUGUUCGGCCGCCCGGCACGCCUCCAGAUGGGAAAGCACAACGAGCACGAAGCGCGCUGUAGUGACCCUAUGCAUCCAGGCCCCGGAGGACAGCCUUCACGGAUCGCCUUCAGCACCCUGGAUGGGCGACCCUCCGCCCGGGACCUCGACUCCUCGUCGGUGCUGCAGGACUGGGUGACUGCCACCGAUAUCAAGUUGGUGUUCCUCCGCGUCCAGCGUCCAAACCCGCAGGCCCUCCUAUCUCUAAAGGCGGCCUAUGCCGACCUGACCAGCGACAGUACGUUCCUGCCUACAGGUCCUAGCGACAACAACAUUGAAGUACCGGCGGAAACAGCAGUGUCGGAGGGAAGCCUCAACGGACUGCACUACGCCUUCUCGGACUUCACUGUGGGCGGGCGCUGCAAGUGCAACGGACACGGCUCCAAGUGCUCCCCGGAUGUUAACGGGCAGGUAAACUGCGAGUGCAGGCACAACACCGCCGGGCGGGACUGCGAGCGGUGUAAGCCUUUCUACUUCGACCGCCCCUGGGGCAGGGCUACCGCCAAGGACGCCAACGAGUGCAAAGAGUGCAACUGCAACAGGCAUGCCCGCCAGUGCCGCUUCAACAUGGAAAUCUUCCGGCUCUCCCAGGGCGUCUCCGGCGGAGUCUGUCAGAACUGUCGCCACUCGACUACGGGCCGGAACUGUCACCAGUGCAAGGAGGGAUUCUACCGAGAUGCCACCAAGCCCCUGACCCAUCGCAAGGUCUGCAAAGCCUGCGAGUGCCAUCCGAUCGGCUCAUCUGGAAAGAUCUGCAACAGCACCAGCGGUCAGUGCCCUUGCAAGGACGGCGUCACGGGACUCACUUGCAACCGCUGUGCCCGCGGCUAUCAACAGAGUCGCUCCCACAUUGCCCCCUGCAUCAAGCAACCGCCUAGGAUGAGCAAUAUGUUGGACACCCAGAACACCGCCCCCGAACCGGAUGAGCCCGAGGCUUCCCACUCAGGUGGCGCCACCGCAGCGGCAGCCGCCCAGUCCCCAUAUUAUCGCUCCGAAGGCGGCAGGGAAUGCGGCAAAUGCAGAGUAAGCACCAAAAGGUUAAAUCUCAACAAGUUCUGCAAAAGAGACUACGCAAUAAUGGCCAAGGUAAUUGGCCGCGAUACGAGCAGCGAGAUGGGCAGCAGGUAUCGGGAUCCCGACGAGGCGGACUACGAAAUGGAUCAAGACCAGCCGGGCGCCGUUCCGGCGGAGUACGAAUCGCAGGCGGUGGGGUCCGUAACGGACUCGGAGGUGGACUACUCCAACGACAGCGGGGCGGCGCGGUACGAUCUGCAAAUCCAGGCCAUAUUCAAACGCAGCAGCUCAGGCAGCAACAACGUCGUGGGGACCGUGUAUGGAAUGCCGAGUACAACUCUAAAACGCGGUCCUAUGACCUUGAUCAUACCGACUAAACACCUCGCAUGCCGAUGUCCAAAGAUCAAAGUCAACAGAUCUUAUUUGAUUCUGGGUCGUGAUUUGGAGGCUCCACCUGGCUAUCUAGGCAUCGGGCCGCAUUCGAUAGUUAUCGAGUGGAAAGACGACUGGUAUCGACGGAUGAAGCGCUUCCAACGGAGAGCGCGCAGCUGUUCGUAAUCCCUAGAUACUAGAUAUACCUCCCGACCUACAUACUUAGCUUAGCUCCCCGCGUGCAUUCUUACAGUAUAUAGACCUAGAAAUGAAACGAAACGAUGAGGACUGGAUAAGAAAAUCAAACCAAUAUAUUUGUCGCUUAAAUAUUUUUUUGUUUUUUUUUCCAUUUAACCGAUUUUGUAGCAGCGUAAGAUCAAACUAGCGGUAUUUAAUUUAUUUUAUUAAUUUUAAUUGUUACGCACUAAUCGGAGAUACACCCAUGAAAGUAUCUAUUAAUUUAAUCUAUCUAAUCUAUAUAUACGACUUGUAUUACUCGCUAAGCUAAGAUCCCUGUCAGCCCAGUCUAAGCAUUUGUGAACUAUAUUUGUACUAAAGCAGUCUAAAGCAGCGAAUAAGUCGCUAAUGAGUAGAGAACUAUCCGUAAGAAUAAGUAUGAUGCAUGCAUGACUCGCAAAAAAUCUUAAUAAAUAUAUAUUUUGUACAGAGCAGAAA